CACAACUUCUCCCCCUACAAUCUUCACCCAACUAAACAAAACACAACCAAACACCACAAUGACCCCCGUCCAAAUCCUCGACGGCGGUCUCGGCACCUCCCUCCAAGACCACUACAACGUUACCUUCGACUCCACCAGCACGCCCCUCUGGUCCUCGCACCUGAUCAUCUCCGACCCCGCCACCCUCCUCUCCUGCCAACGCGACUUCACCGCGACCUCCGGCGUCGACGUCCUCCUAACAGCCACUUACCAAGUCUCCCCGGAAGGCUUCCAACGAACCAAAACCCCCUCCCACCCCAAUGGCAUCCCCCGCGACGCCAUCGCACCCUACCUCCGCACCGCCCUAAACGUCGCCGACCAAGCCGUGCAAGCCAAUUCCUCUUCCAGCGUGGCACUGAGUCUCGGGCCCUACGGCGCAUGCAUGAUCCCCGGACAGGAAUACAGCGGUACUUAUGACGCGGAGCACGCGAACGAAGAGGCGUUGUAUAAAUGGCACUCGGACAGACUGGGAUUGUUUAAUGAGGCGACGGAGGGGAAACUGAGUACCCGGGUUAAGUAUAUUGCGAUGGAGACAUUGCCGCGGUUGGAUGAGGUGAGGGCGGUUCGGAGAGCGAUGCGGGAAUCUGGUUCGGGGAUUCCGUUUUGGAUUGCGUGUGUGUUUCCGCUUGAGGGGCGGGAUACGCUGCCUGAUGGGAGUGCGGUUGAGGAGGUGGUUGAGGCGGCGUUGGUGCCGGUGGAGGAUGGGGCGACGCCGUGGGGGAUUGGGAUUAAUUGUACGAAGUUGCAUAAGUUGUCUGGGUUGGUGAGGAAGUUUGGGGAGGUUGUGGAGGGGUUGUUGGAGAAGGGGAGAAUUGGGGAGCGGCCUGCGUUGGUGUUGUAUCCGGAUGGGACGCAGGGGGAGGUGUAUAAUACGACGACGCAGAUGUGGGAGAAGGUGCAGGAUAAGAGUGGAGGGGCUGAUACGCGACCUUGGGAGGUGCAAUUGGCGGAUGUGGUCAAUGAUGCUCGCAAGGGUGGUCAGUUCAGUUCCGUCCUCGUUGGCGGGUGCUGUAAGGCCUCGUUCAAUGAUAUUAAGAGGCUACGGGAACAGUUCCAAUCAGAGUAAUCGACACAAAAUAUAUUGUAUAUGCAUUAAUCUAUUCUGUGAAGGUUGCAAAUUGUUGAAAUUGCAAAACAUCUUGGGUAUCACCGC